AUGGGGGCGGGGGUCUCGAGCUUUUUCUUCGGCGCGGCGGCGGAGGCUGCGCCGGGUGCUGCGGGCCUGGGCGACCUGCCGGAGCUCUGCGCCGCGCAGGUGCUGCUCCGCCUCGACGCGCCGGAGAUCUGCCGACUCGCGCGCCUCAACCACGCGUUCCGCGGCGCCGCGGGGGCUGACUUCGUGUGGGAGGCCAAGCUGCCGGAGAACUACCGCCACCUGAUCGGGUACGUCGAGGGCGGGGGCGAGGAGGGCAGGCGCCGGCGGAGGCGGGCCGGGACCAAGGAGAUCUACGCCAGGCUCUCCAGGCCCGUCUCUUUCGAAGACGGCACCAAGGAAUUUUGGCUAGAGAAGAGCAAAGGUAGGGUUUGUAUGGCGCUAUCCUCCAAAGCUCUGGUCAUAACUGGCAUCGAUGACAGGAGAUAUUGGACACACAUGCCGACCACAGAAUCGAGGUUCCAGUCCGUGGCAUACCUUCAGCAAAUCUGGUGGUUUGAAGUGGUUGGGGAGCUCGAUUUCUGCUUCCCUGUGGGAACCUACAGUUUAUACUUCAGGGUUCAUCUUGGGAAGUUCAGCAAGCGGUUUGGACGCCGUGUUUGCAGCACCGAGCACGUCCACGGCUGGAACAAGAAGCCGGUGCGCUUCCAGCUCUCCACCUCGGACGGCCAGAAUGCAUUAUCUCAAUGCUACCUGGAUGAGCCCGGGAGCUGGGUUCUGUACCAUGCAGGCGAUUUUGUUUCCACAAAUCCCGGCCAGGCACUGAAGCUGAAGUUCUCGAUGGCGCAGAUUGACUGCACGCACACGAAAGGUGGCCUGUGCGUCGACUCGGUGCUUGUGUACCCCAAGGGCUUUCAGCAAGAGAAGGUGGUGACCGGCAAGAUCUCAGAGAUGCGAUCGUCGUAG